CAUGUUAUACCACCAGACCAGUGGAAACUGAAAAAGAGGAACAAGGUGUGAAACUGAAAACCCAUUUAGAGCAUCAUACGUGGGUUCGGUUCGGAGCAACUCAGGAAACAAGCAUUAGAGAUUAGAGAUUAGAGCUUAAAGAACGCUUUCGGUUUCUUCAGUUGGACUUUUUUUCCUCCACUAUGAACAUGAGUACCUAAUCUGCCAAGAGUAAAGUCAUCAAAUCUCUAAAACGCAGCCCAAUUGUCACCUCCCAAGUUGUAGUUCCGAAUUUGAAAAAGAGGAAAAAAAUCAAAGAUAUGUCCCAGGAAUCUGGACUGGUUGAUGAGGAGAGUAUCAAUGAGUUCGUGCCAUUUACUGAAUUGGAGAAGAUCAUAUGCAAUUAUAUUUUCAAUAAAAAUCUAGAUGGGAGUGAAGUUCUUGCUAACAUGAAAUAUGAGUAUAGUGAUCGUGCGGCUUUUUUUUCAUUGCUCCCUAACCAAUGGAUAAGCAGUCAGAUUAUUAACUUGACCAUUUGCAUGAUGACUUUGGAAGAGAAAAAGUGUGGAGAACUAUAUGCGUGGCAUUUGCCAACACAUUUCUCGCAAAAAAUGAUUGAAGAAGACGGUAAUCCCACACUAGAAUGGUUUAAAAGGACAUAUAGGGACGAUGACAAGUAUAUGUCAAGAUUGAAGUGUUGUGAACAGAUUUAUAUCCCUAUGAAUGACAGUAAUAGUCACUGGUACUUAUGUAUCAUUGACUUUAGUUCAAGAAAAAAAUGUAUACAUAUAUUGGACUCUUUGCCAAGCACAACUAGGCAAGACAUUCGAAUAAAAAACGUGCAAAUAGUGGUAAAAGGCCUCGAUAAGUUAUUGAGUUAUCUAGAGAAAGACAACUAUACUAAUAGUAUUACCAAAUUUCCAUUGAAAUCACCCCCGUUGGAUCCUAUACAAAGUAAUGGGUAUGAUUGCGGCAUGUAUGUUAUUAAGCACAUGCAUACAAAAAUUAUCAAACAGAAUCUAACCUUGAUGGAGAGCUGGUCGGAACGUAUUCGAUACAAGUUGGCAUCAAAUCUAGUGCUUUCAAUGGAAAAUGAACAACGUUCAAAAAUAAUAGAAAAUGCUAGAAAUACUCCACUACAAGAUAUUUUUCGGUCACUGGAAUGACAGUGAUUUGUAUAAUUUGAUAACUGAAUUUUUUGGAAAAUGCUGCAAUUUAGUGAAUUUUAUUUUUAAUUGAAAGGGAGAUUGAAUUUC